CUCCCGCACAGGCAGUGGGAGGACACGCUGGUUGAGGGGACCCACAGCUACUGAUCGACUUCACUGCAACUGGAAAUAUGUAUUACAGUAUAUAUAUUGAUUUGUCUCAAUUUAUCUUCUUGUUCAGUGAAGUAUUGGGCAGAUGGAAUUUGUGUGUUGACUGAUUUGUUUGCAUCAGUGCAUACAAAAGCAUUGUUAAAGGAGUUAGCUGGACACGUGAUUCAAAUAGUGGAGCAUUCGUUCAAAUCAAUGCAAGAAAAUAAUGUCCAUGGAAAGACUAAAUGGUUAUGGAUGCCGAAUUUGGCUCCCGGUUUGCAUCCAUGUAAAACACUUUUUAAGCACUAGUGUCUUCUGAUUGCACACUUGUGACAUGGAUUUCAGUUCCUAUUGUCAAAUCAAUGCAAAGGAUAUAUUGUUGAUGAAACAACUAAUCGUUCAGGAUUCUCUAAUCAUGGUUUCGAUUUUCCUCGCUGGGAAAAACAAUGAAAGGAAUCAAUUCGACGAGGUUGUUCUCGUAUGUGGGGUCUUCUAUUUUUAAUCUCUGAAAUUACAUCAUUGUUACAAACAACCUCCACUCAGGAUUUCCCAGUGAAAUCUUACGUAAAGUUGACACUUUAUCACAUUAACAUUUUACUCAUCUAAAAUUCCGACAAGACUAACGUUUUGACCCUACUGGAAUUCUUAUCAAGCUAAUGUUUCGUGUUCUAAACAUUGUCAACAGACACAAUGUUUUUCACUUUGGAAAUAGACUAAAGGGUUACUAAUAUGUUUUACGCUUUUGAACUCUUGACUGAGCUAACGAUUUAUGAUUCGCUCUACAGAUAUGACCACUAACCUUCCUCGUUCAUGCUGUGAAUAGCUGAACUAUUGAUAUUUCUCUCUCCGUGAAUCAGGUGUCAUUUCAGGUGCUACAGCUAAAUAAUGUAUGUCAUUUUAAUUCGCGUGACAGAUGUUGGAACGAAAAAACACACAACACAAUCAACUAUCCUGAGCAAAAAUGCUUGCAUGACAAUGUGUGAAAAUAUACAGCGAGUAUAUCAAGUUAACAGACAUAUAUUGUAACGAUAUUUGGCAUUGAAUACUAAUGGACGAGCGUAACAUGCAGUCUGACUCGCCGGACUCGACCUCGCUCGACGUACCGAUCUGGGUAAACGGCGUACAGCGCUGGGUGACCGGUCUGACGAAGCGCACCACGUGCGACGACAUCAUCUACGCGCUGCUCUACCACGACAACAAGCACGAGUUCCACGGCACCGACAGCUACGCCAUCUUCGAGCGGUGGCGCGAGGUGGAGCGACCGCUGCAGGCCAGGACUAAGCUACUCAAGGUGUGGAAGGCCUGGGGCGCCGAGCAGUGCAACGUUCAGCUAGACAUGAGGAAACUCGACGACUACUUUCUCCCGGGCGAGCUCUCGCGGUCUAAGCGACGUCACAGGAGAAGCAGCAAACACCGGUCCUCGAGGCACGCGACGAGAAGCGGUAGGUGUUGCAGUCACGAUAACUGUUACGACACGGGCCAGAUGAAGUGUCUGGAGGGCGUCGUCAAGCUGGUGAUUACUCAGGAGAGGAAGCUGCACGACAUCAAGGAGAGGAUAGAGGAGACGGAGCAGAUGAUAGAGAACCUUGAGACAAAGCGGCACUUCAGCAGGAUCCAUGAGAACGGUGAGGACUACGUCCAGAACUCGUACCUCGACAGCGCCAGCGACGACAGCGGCAGCAUGGACGCGUUUCUUUCUAGCAUUCGCGAGGACGAGGUGGAUGAGUAUCUGGAAUUCUGUGACAGGAUUCUACAGCUGGAGGACGGGAUUCAGAAGGAGAGGAAUACCAUCUGGAGACUGUCGUCCAGGAUUCAGGAGAGCGGUCUGGCGGGCGGACCCACGUUUGGAGGAAGUGGUUCCCGUCUGCCAGAUCGUGGAGGGGUUGGGUGUGGUGGUGGUGGUGGUGUUGUUACAGAUGUGGUUUAUGGUUCCGAGGAGAAUGAAAGGUGCGAGCAGAUUCAGGUGGAUAUCAAUCGUCUAGUCACUGCUAACAUGAUGCAGAGGUACAAGGAAGAAGGGAUUAAAAAGGAACUUCAGUAUUUCGACCAGCAGAUCAGUGUGAAACAGCAAAUGCUCAAGUCACUCAAGAUCGAGUUGGAGGGUCUGGACUCACCUCUGCCGUCGCACGAGGAAACAAGACCAGUGGGUCACACGACCGCUAGUCGCGACCUUGAGCUUGACAGCGAGGACCGUGUGGGUCAGCUGCACGUACACGAUGAAUAUCCUAGAAUGAGGACGAAGUCUGUAACGUUUGAUGACACGCUCAAUCACAUGCACGUGAUCGGAACGUCUAAAGAAAAUUUAACAGAACAUAUUCAAAAUACCCAGAGUCUCGUGGCUCGUUUCCAUAACGACAUUCCACUGAAUCCACGCCCUCCUGAAUUAGAGAAACAUGGGCAGAAUCAAGGGAAUCGAAAUGAAUUAAGAGUGACGUCUAUUUUGAAAAAUAGAGAAAUUGUGACUCAGAAACAACCUCGAAUCGACAAGCCAUAUAUCAAUGGCGAUUCAUAUAGAGAUUACAAACAGUACGACAAUCAUUACAAGACCGACUUACCGUUUACCGGAAGUAGGAACUGUUUUCUUCCACCAACAAUGUAUACAUACGCAAAUGACGGCCAUUACUCGAUUCUUGAGAGAUCUUGUAAAGUGUCACGUGACGACAACGAUUCAGAUACGGGUCUCAGCUCCAUGCACAGCGACGAAUCUCCCGGAUUGGAAACAUUGGUGUAAUUUAAAGUUGCAAUCUCACCUGACAUUGUUAUAUCAUUAUGCUCUAAUUUAAAACACCAGCGCGACUCCAGCUUUAAUAAAUCGAUAUUUUCGUUAUUAACGUAUAUCAGUGGUCGAAAUACUACCGACCCGGCCAUUUUUGUUUUGGCCAGUCAACAUCACAACGUGCCUGGAGAUAUAUUAUGCCAGCCUUCCUAAACGGAUCGGCAAUUUGCGUUUGUACUUUAUGACCAUGUUUGGUCCGGCACGAUUUGAUUUGGUUCGGUUGUUGUUUGUCGAACCGAAUGACCAGCAGGAAUUUCAGCCAAUUUCAACCCCUAUAUAUGGUCAAAAUCCACGAUACAAGAACCAUGCCUGUCGCUAUUUCUUGUAAUACUUUAUUACGUUAAUAAACAGUGAAGAAGGCGAUCCGCGGUUUUGGCGUCAACGCCAGAUUAAUGCAAUUGUACGUGAUCUGGAUUAGUGACUGCAUCUAUAAGACUCCGUAGAACAGUGUAACUGAUAAAAAUAUAACAUGGAAUAUCUUGUCUUGAUUGUUAAAUAAUUUCGAGAUUGCAGCUUUAAAUAUCGACUGACAAAUGUGUUUUAUUUUAUUACCAAUCAUUGUUAGUUCUUUAAAAAGGCAGGAAACUUAUACAUGAAAUCAUUCAUAACCAGUACUUACCUAGUAAAAUCAUAGUGAUUAAUAUAUAGUUUGGUAAAUAAUUUUUGUUGAACAUUUUUCAUAGUCAAACAAAACUGCGACGAAUUAAAUGCUCACGAUGCGAAAUCUCGCACUAAUUGUCAUUAAUAGUAACUUUAUGAUCUUUGGCCAAAUUAAUGUUCACUUGGCGAACGAUAUGUGAAACCGUGUGUUACGGACACUUGUGGAAAACCAGCUUUUAUUUAAGACAUACGCAAACUUCAAAUUCGAUAAUGCACAUGUUGGUAAUAUGUUAUGCUUUCAACACACAAAACUACACUUUACCUCUGUAUAUGGGACACCUGCUCAUAAAGAACUGUGUAAAGUUUAGAAAUGGUAUUUUUAAGGCAGGUUUCAAUACCGGUAUACGUUUUAGAGACGUAUGGGCCAUUAAAGGGAGGAGAAUAAAUGUUUUAGACCAG